UGGCGCGGGGGGCGGGCACCGGGGCCCGAUCGGACAUGGGCAAGAAGCACAAAAAGCACAAGUCGGACAAACACCUCUACGAGGAGUAUGUAGAGAAGCCCCUGAAGCUGGUCCUCAAAGUGGGAGGGAACGAGGUUACCGAGCUCUCCACGGGCAGCUCUGGGCACGACUCCAGCCUCUUUGAAGACAAAAGCGAUCAUGACAAACACAAAGAGAGAAAGCGGAAAAAGAGAAAGAAAGGAGAGAAGCAGAUUCCAGGGGAAGAAAAGGGAAGAAAACGGAGACGUGUAAAGGUAAAGGAGGAUAAAAGAAGGCGAGAUCGUGACCAUGUGGAUAUCGAGGUAGAAAAAGACCUACAGUGUCAGGCCCCUGUCGGAUUAGACUUGCCUCCUGAGAAGCCUCUUGCAAGCUCUUUAGCCAAACAAGAAGAAGUAGAACAGACACCUCUUCAAGAAGCUUUGAAUCAACUGAUGAGACAACUGCAGAGAAAAGACCCAAGUGCUUUCUUUUCAUUUCCUGUGACUGAUUUUAUUGCCCCUGGCUACUCCAUGAUCAUUAAACACCCAAUGGAUUUUAGUACCAUGAAAGAAAAGAUCAAGAACAAUGAUUACCAGUCCAUAGAAGAACUGAAGGAUAACUUCAGACUAAUGUGCACUAACGCUAUGAUUUACAACAAACCAGAGACGAUUUAUUAUAAAGCUGCGAAAAAGCUGUUGCACUCAGGGAUGAAAAUUCUUAGCCAGGAGAGAAUUCAGAGCCUGAAGCAGAGCAUAGACUUCAUGGCAGACUUGCAGAAAAGUCGGAAGCAGAGAGACAGGACAGACACCUCGCAGAGUGGGGAGGACAGCGGCUCCUGGCCAAGAGAGAGGGACGACACUGGAGACGCUGAGGCACAGGGCUUCAAGAGCCCCAAUAAGGAGAAUAAAAAGAAAGACAAAGAUGUGCUUGAAGAUAAAUUUAAAAGCAAUAGUUUAGAAAGAGAGCAGGAGCAGAUUGACCGCAUCGUUAAGGAAUCUGGAGGGAAGCUGACCAGGAGGCUUGUUAAUAGUCAGUGUGAAUUUGAAAGGAGAAAGCCAGAUGGAACAACAACAUUGGGACUUCUCCAUCCUGUGGAUCCUGUUGUCGGAGAACCAGGCUAUUGUCCUGUGAGACUGGGGAUGACAACUGGAAGACUUCAGUCUGGAGUGAAUACUUUGCAGGGAUUCAAAGAAGAUAAAAGAAACAAAGUGACUCCAGUGUUAUACUUGAGUUAUGGACCCUACAGUUCUUACGCACCACAUUAUGACUCCACGUUUGCAAAUAUCAGCAAGGACGAUUCUGAUUUGAUCUAUUCAACCUAUGGGGAAGACCCUGAUCUCCCCAAUGAUUUCAGCAUCCAUGAGUUUUUGGCCACAUGCCAAGAUUAUCCAUAUGUUAUGGCAGAUAGUUUACUGGAUGUUUUAACAAAAGGAGGACAUUCUAGAACCCUGCAGGAGUCCGAGACGUCAUCUCCUGAAGAUGAAGGCCAGACUAGGAUACUUGACACAGCAAAAGAAAUGGAGGUUACAGAAGUUGAACUCACAGGGCGUUUAGACUCCAGUAAUCAAGACAAGCUCACAGCACUGAAAGCAGUAACACACUUCGGAGCCCCAGUCGAAGUGUUCGACUCUGAAGAAGCUGAAGUGUUCCAGAGGAAACUUGAUGAGACCACCAAACUGCUCAGAGAGCUCCAGGAAGCCCAGAAUGAGCGUCUGAGCACCAGACCCCCUCCCAACAUGAUCUGUCUCUUGGGUCCAUCAUACAGAGAAAUGCAUCUCGCUGAACAAGUGACCAGUAACCUUAAAGAACUUGCACAGCAAGUAACUCCAGGCGAUAUUGUAAGCACAUACGGACUCCGAAAGGCGAUGGGAAUUUCCGUCCCCUCCCCGGGCAUUGAGAACCACCUUGUCGAUCUAACAGAAGAUUUUGAGGAACCUAAAAACACCGAUGUUACUGAGUGUGAACCUGAUGGGAUUUGAAACUAUCUGGUAUUUGAUUAUAUAUUAUGUAUAUAUUUUUUUCAUUAACUUGGAAAUGCUUUUCAGAAGAUAUUAAAUAUUUGUAAAUUGUGUUUUUAAUUAAACUUUGGAACAGUUAAUUUUAAUGUUCCAGAGAUUGAACUUCUAUUAGGUAAUAAAGCUAAACCUGGACUAUGAGCUGUAUUGUACAUAUCAGCUGAGUUACCCCUUCACCUUUCCCUGGGGCUGAAUCUGAGGAUGAAGUGAUAGAGAAAAGCUUGGAGAAUAAAACAGCCUUUUUCCUGACCAUCCAUUAAAAAGUUGCCCAAAUCAUUGAAAUCCCUCAUUUUCCCAUAUUUGCCUUACUUCUCAUUAAGAAAAUUAUAACCAAAUGGUUCCUGACUUAGCAGAUUUCACUUCGAGGAUUUAUUCAAAAAGUGGCCUUGUGAGGAAGGAAUGAUUUGGACCGGUUGGAAUACCGAGCAGAAAGUGGAUGGGAGUAGACCUAGGCAAAAGUUCUUGCAGAGAGUGAUAGUGCUGCUUCCUUAUGUUUCACGGGCAGGACCAUGACUGAGAAACUCUUCUUUAAAAUUUCCAUCCAGUGAGAUUCCCAUUGUUAUACCAUGAAAACAAAUUCAGCUUUAGAAUUUACUAGCAUGUCCCCCGUUUACCUGUUGGGGACGAUGUCCCUAUGUGGAAGGACCAGGGCUUCCCACCACAAAAGCAAAACAAAAUAAAAACCAUGUCAGGAGUUUCAUAGCA